GCAGACGUUUGGGCUACCAAAGGAGUAUUUAUGCGCUUGCAUACUGCUCCCGUCCGUGCAUUUGCUUCUUGCAUGCUCACCUUGCUGCUUUUCUUCUAAUCCUUCCACUCCGCUAAACACAAUGGCAACGGCGGCGUUUGAUCUCAACGAAGAACCUCCGUUGGAGCAUGACAACGGAUUUGAUUUAAACCUGCCGUUAGAUGAAUUUGGUGCAGUCGACUUUGAUUAUCUACAAAACCAUGCUGAUCCUGCUCCCGUGCAACCAAACCAACGAAGGAAAGACAUGUCCGAAGAAGUCAGAAAGCAAGUUUAUCAAACUUUGUUGUUAAGAAGCAAGAAUGGGAAGCUAGGCAAGUCAGAUACAAAAGUUGUGGCUGCUCAGUUUGGUGUACAUCUUCGUCAAGUUCAGCGCCUGUGGAAGCAAGGUAAAACAGCACUUGCAAAUAACAUUCCGGUUGAUGUUGGUAGUCGUAAGAAGGGAACAGUUGGCCGUAAGCCAUCUAUGUCUACUGCUGAUUUGGAAGUUUUGCGUAGCAUUCCUUACAAAGAAAGAAUGACCAUUGAAGAUGUGUGUGCUAAACUUAACAUGAGCAAAUGGGCUAUUCAAAGGUAUUUGAAAAAAGGAUUUCUUAGGCGCCACUCUAGUAGCAUCAAACCGUAUCUCACGCAAGCUAACAAGAAGGCUAGAUUAAAGUGGUGUGUUGAAAUGGUGAAGAGGGAUUUGCUAGCCGACCCAAGGUUCAAAGAUUUGUAUGACUUUGUGUUCAUUGAUGAAAAGUGGUUCUAUCUCUAUCAAAAAUCUGAAAAAUAUUAUUUACUACCCGAUGAAGAUGAGCCCCAUCGGACUUGUAAGAACAAGAACUACAUCCCUAGGCUUAUGUUCUUGUGUGUUGUUGCUCGGCCAAGGUUUAGGGAUGGGAAUUGUACAUUUGAUGGUAGGAUUGGUUGUUUUCCACUUGUUCGGUAUGAACCGGCUAUGAGAGGUAAUGGGAGAACCGGACGUGUCCGUGGAGACUUGCGAGGGCAUAGAAAAGCUCCCGGCGGCAAGGUUUCCGGCACCAUCUCAGAGUCCGUCGCGACGAAGUCCGGCACCAUCUCCGAGUCCAGCACGAUGGAGUCCGGCACCUCUUGCGAUGCGAUGGAGUCUGGCACAGACUCGAACAGUGAAUCUGGGGCGAUCUCCCUGUCCGGCGAGCGGCGCGGCGAGCGUGAGCGUGAGCGGCUCGAGCGAGAUGAAGCCAUGCACGCGACGGACCGGCGAGCGCGAGUGGCGGCGCGGCGAGCACGCCGGCGAGCACGCGAGGUGGGAGCCUGGCGAGUUAGCGGCGAGUACUAUCGAUCGAGAGCGAGGACUGGUGAGUGGAGCUGUGAUGCGAGCAGCGCUUCGAGCUGCGAGGCGAGCGGUACAACGGCAUAG